AUGGCCCCAUGCCAGCUGCCCCUGGUACCCCCACCAGCAGCGAAGCUGUGGGCAGACAGGGAGCCCCCUGAGACUGGCGAGUGCCAGGUCACUCUGCGGCCAUCCCCCCGCACGCAGACCACUGGGGUGAAGCCUCAGGAGAGCGAGCGCGGGCCGGGACCCUCGGGACAGCACAGCCCCGGCACGGAGGCCCACAGCCUGCCCUUGGACACGGGAGUCCCCCGGGUCCAGGCUCCAGGCCCUGCCCAGGCCCCCACCUGGGGGCCCGCCAAGGAGGCCAAGGCGGGCGGGGCGGCACCCCGUGAUGCGGCAGCAGCUUCCACUGCAGGAGGAAGGUCCAGGGGGUCCCCGACACCGGCCCAUGCAGGGGAGGGCUGGUCUGAGGGCCCCAGGGAGCCCACGCCCGAGGGUGCUGGCCACACGCCCCCCGGCACCUGGGCGGCCAGGAGAGACUUGAGGGAGAGGGGAGAGCGGGCCAGGCCGGCGCCCCCCGCCAAGUACAGGGCUCAGAGCUUCUGCGACCAGAGCGCCUUUGAGCAGUCCUUUCGGCCCGAGUCGGAAAGAAUGACUGGAAUCCGAGGGAUCCCGAGACAGAGGGACAGCAAGUCCUGGAGUCCAGAGGCUGGCGGGCGCCGGGAAGUCCGGCCCGCGGAGGACGAGGCGGCGGGCGGCAUGGAGCGCGGCGGGGGGCGCAGGGUGGACGCGUACGGCUUCGAGCGCCCGGCGGACUUCGACCACGCCGCCUACGAGGACUUCCUGGCCGCCUACCUGGGGGUCCUCGCCCGCCGGGCCGUCAAGUGGGCCCAGCUGCUCCAGGGCGGCCGCCUCCAGAGGAGCCUCACGGUGAAGCGCUACAUCCGGAAGGGCAUCCCCCUGGAGCUCCGGGCCCGCGUGUGGAUGGGGGUGAGUGGAGCCCAGGACCAGAUGGACCGGAAUCCGGGCUACUACCAUCAGCUCCUGCAGGGAGCAAGGAAUGACAGCUUGGAGGAGGCUAUCAGGACAGAUAUGAAUAGGACCUUCCCAGACAACAUCCGCUUCCGGAGCAGCGCCGAGCCUUGUCUGCAGAAAACUCUGUUCAACGUGCUUUUGGCCUACGGGCACCAUGACCAACGUGUGGGCUACUGCCAGGGAAUGAACUUCGUGGCCGGCUACCUGAUCCUUAUCACGAAGAAUGAAGAAGAGGCGUUCUGGCUCCUGGAUGCUCUAGUGGGGAGAAUACUGCCCGAUUACUACAGUCCCGCCAUGCUGGGCCUCAAGACUGACCAGGAGGUGCUGGGUGCCCUCGUGAGGACCAAGAUGCCGGCUGUGGCGGAACUUAUGGAGCGGCACGGUGUCUCCUGGACCCUGCUGGCAUCCCGCUGGCUUAUCUGCCUGUUUGUGGACGUCCUGCCUGUGGAGACAGUGUUCCGGAUCUGGGACUGUCUGUUCAACGAGGGCUCCAAGAUCCUCUUCCGCGUGGCCCUGACCCUCAUCAAAGAGAACCAGGCAUUCAUCCUGGAAGCUUCCAGCGUCCCUGAUGUGUGUGAGCGCUUCCGGCAGAUCACCAGAGGGACCUUUGUGACCGAAUGUCACAGCUUCAUGCAGAAAAUCUUCUCUGAGCCUGGACGCCUGCCCAUGCGAACCAUCACCCAGCUGCGAGAGAGCUGCAGGGCCCAGCUGUUGGCCCAGGGCUGACCACAGCAGUGGCCUCACGGGAAAUGCUCACCUGCAUUCAGGCGUGACCUUGUCAAGAAUGGUCUAAGUCUGUCGGAUUUGGAGCUCCACUGCCUUACCUUUCUCAGUCUGUUCUCACCCGGGCAGCUCAUCCGAGAUGAGCCCCUGUGCUGAAUAAAGUU